AUGGCGCCUCCCCGAGCUCCCCGAGGCGCGGCUUCUCAGCCUGCGCGCGAAACUCGCAACUCUACAUUGGGCGCUAAAUCGCGAGGCGGCGGUGGCAUUCAAAAGCGAAGAGGAGGCAGAACUACCACUGAUAAAGACGGUGAUCUCGACAUGGGUAGCGGCGCUGGUGGAGGCGGCGGCGGUGCCCGCCGAACAAACAACAAACCAGCUGCGGCUGAUUCCAAUAAUUCCCGACCCCAAAGAUCGACAAGAUCUGGCGGCCCCCCGACCAAAGCGGGCUCGAAAGUGCAUCAAGCAAUUGCUCGGCACUUGAAUACCGGCGACGGAGCAGACCUGGUGUCAAAGAGAAAGCCGCAAAGCGGCGGUCUUGUAUGGCUGAGCGUGAAGGGCUUGAAGGAGAGCAGAGCCGCGAGCAAUGAUGACGGCGGUUUGCGGGACCUACUGACCUUUUUGGAACGGAAAGCCACGACCCUGUCCAACCGCAACAAACAGGUCGUUAUUAAGAAGUCAAGUAUGAGAGGGGAAAUAGUCACUGUUGCAGCAAGCAAGGAGGAUGCGGAGGAGAUUCUUAAAGUCAAUACCUUUACCUUUGCAGGGGCAAAACUAGAAAUCACCGACAGCGAUGGAUCCAUUGCCAAGGCGAACGAGGCAUCUGCUGCGGCUCAGGAGACGAAGUCCAAGUUGACCAACAUCAUGUCACUCCGAUAUGACAUAGAAAACAAGCUUCUGAAGCUUGACGCUCUCAACCAGGACGAGGGGCUCAUCCAAAUGGGCAUGCUGGAGUCUAAGGAUCGGGCCGAGAAGCUUUUCAAGGUCAUGAUGAGGAUUUGCGACGACUUGUUCAAAACCCCACAAGCAAAGAUCGAUGCUAUCCACAGCAUUAGCCUUGCCAACAACGGUAUCGACACCGUUAUACAGGUUGAAGAAAUGGCAGACACAUUCCCUGAUCUCAAGAACCUUGAUCUCAGCGGAAACCAGAUCGCAAGCAUGGGUGGUUUGUCACGAUGGAAGGGCAAGCUUCGCAAGUUGGAGACUUUGUACGUGACAGGAAAUCCGCUUCCGCUUGGAGAUCCCAAAGUCAUGGCAGAGCUUUUACAAUUCUUCCCCAAGUUGCAAAAUUUGAACGGCGAGCAACUGACGCCGGAACAAAUCGAACAAAUCAAAGCAGCGGGCCGGCCGCAACCAAUUCCUCAACGCGGCCCUGAUUUCCGUGAUGCCAAUGGCAUUGGAGAGUCGUUUCUUCUCGAAUUUUUCGUGGGUUACGACAAUGACAGAACGAACCUGCUCGCCAAAUACUACGACGACAACAGCCAGUUCUCCCUGGCAGUUGACACCCACUCCAUUCGCGAGGAAAACCUGCCACCUCCUCUGCCGUGGGCUUCCUACAUCAAACAGUCACGCAAUCUCCAGAAGAUCACAACUCCUGCGGCUCGGGCUGCUAGACUGACAACCGGAAGGGAAGCUAUCUGGAACCAGUGGAACGACCUACCGCAAACAAAACACCCAGAUAUCAAGGCGGACAUUAGCAAAUACAUUAUGGACUGCCAUUUGCUACCUGGACUUGCCGACCCAUCUGGACAAACCGCAGGCGGCGUGGACGGCAUGGUUAUUUCUGUACACGGCCAGUUCGAAGAGUGUGACAAAGCGGGCAAGACCGGACUCAGGAGCUUCUCUCGCAGUUUUGUCCUCGGACCUGGCCGACCAGGCGCCAACCCAAUCCGCGUCGUGAGCGACAUGCUCUGCUUGAGAGCAUUCAACCCCCUUCCCAACGUGUUUGUCGCACAGGGCCAGGCCCCAUCUGCCCAGGAGCAGCAGCAGCGCCAGGCAAUGAUUGCGGAACUAUCGAAACAGACAACCAUGACCCCCCAAUACUCGGAGAUGUGUCUGUCCGAUGUUGCAUGGGACUUCACCAGGGCCUUGGCAGUUUUCCACGAGAAAAAGGCACAAUUACCAGCUGAAGCAUUCGCCAGUGUUUAG